CUGCGACCGCCGCUUCCCCCGACCCCGCGGCGCGCGGCGCGUCGGGUUCCGGACAGGUCCCGUGUGACGUGGCCGCGCGCCGGGGGCGGCUCCGGGCUGGGGGCCGGGAGGCCGAGUCGGGCGGGGCAGACCCGGGGCGGGGCGCGGCGCCGCUGCUGGAUGGCCGGGGCCUCCCGGAGCGCAGCCGCCGCCGCACGCACGUGGCAUGCCUGGAUGUCCCUGUCCUGGCGGUGGCAUGGCGGGCCAAAGGCUCCUCUUCUUCACUGUUCUUGCCCUAGAGCUCCUGGGAGGGGCUGGGGGUUCCCAGCCGGCCCUCCGGAGCCGGGGGCCUGCAGCUGCCUGUCGCCUGGACAACAAGGAAAGCGAAUCCUGGGGGGCCCUGCUGAGCGGGGAGAGGCUGGACACCUGGAUCUGCUCCCUCCUGGGCUCCCUCAUGGUGGGGCUCAGUGGGGUCUUCCCACUGCUGGUGAUUCCCUUGGAGAUGGGGACAGUGCUGCGCUCAGAAGCUGGGGCCCGCCGCCUGAAGCAGCUGCUCAGCUUUGCCUUGGGGGGACUUUUGGGCAAUGUGUUUCUCCACCUGCUGCCCGAGGCAUGGGCCUACACAUGCAGUGCCAGCCCUGUGCUGCCCCCUGCAGGUGGUGAGGGCCAGAGCCUGCAGCAGCAACAGCAGCUGGGACUGUGGGUCAUUGCUGGCUUCCUGACCUUUCUGGCAUUGGAGAAGAUGUUCCUGGACAGCAAGGAGAAGGAGGGGACCAGCCAGGCCCCCAGCAAAGACCCCGCUGCUGCUGCCGUGCUCAGUGGAGGCCACUCUCUGGCCCAGCCGGCUGCAGAGCCCGGCGUGAGUGCCGUGGUCCGGACCAUCAAAGUCAGUGGCUAUCUCAACCUGCUGGCCAACACCAUAGACAACUUCACUCACGGGCUGGCUGUAGCUGCCAGCUUCCUUGUGAGCAAGAAGAUUGGGCUCCUGACCACCAUGGCCAUCCUUCUGCACGAGAUCCCCCAUGAGGUGGGCGACUUUGCCAUCCUGCUCCGGGCCGGCUUUGACCGAUGGAGCGCAGCCAAGCUGCAGCUCUCGACGGCACUGGGGGGCCUGCUGGGCGCCUGCUUCGCCAUCUGUACGCAGUCCCCCAAGGGAAAGAGACUGUGGCCUGGAUCCUGCCCUUCACCUCUGGCGGCUUUCUCUACAUCGCCCUGGUGAACGUGCUGCCUGACCUCUUGGAGGAAGAUGACCCGUGGCGCUCCCUGCAGCAGGUGCUGCUGCUGUGCACGGGCAUCGUGGUGAUGGUGCUCUUCUCACUUUUCGUGGAGUGACCGUCCCUGCCACCCCCCACACAGCAAUAAGAGACUCGGAUUCACUCUGACUGUGUGUGAGGCAGAGGGCAAGUGCCUGAGAGCGCACCUCUGACCAGAUGAGAGGGUGGUGUGCGUGCG